UAGCAGAUAUUUGAAAUAUGUCCUACAACAGUCGCAUGCCGGAUGGUUCUUGGAUAGGUUGGUUCCUUAACCUCCAAGUUAACGAGUUUCUGUGUCGUGUGCCCUACGAAUAUAUUGGCGACAGAUUCAAUUUGACUGGACUGGAGACGAUGGUGCCGAAUUUUCAGCAGUCGCUGGACGCGAUAAUGGAUACGGAAUACGAUUUGGAUUACGGAUUCAGCCCAAUUGAAACGGAUUCUGAGACGACGGCGCAGUUAUACGGCCUGAUUCAUGCCCGAUAUAUACUCAGUCCCCGAGGAAUUGACGAUAUGUGCAUGAAGUACCAACGUGGCGAUUUUGGCAUCUGUCCUCGCAUUUACUGCAAUGGUCAGCUCAUGUUGCCCGUGGGUCUAACGGAUCGCAUUGGCGAGUCGCAUGUGAAGGUCUAUUGUCCGAGGUGCCGGGACGUCUAUCAGCCCCACGAUCGUUGUGCUCUGCUCGAUGGGGCAAUGUUUGGAUGCAGCUUUCCACACGUGUUCUUCAUGCAAAUGCCGAAUCUACUGCCGGAACCGCCACUUGAGAAAUACACUCCACGCAUCUAUGGCUUUAAGAUACACAAUUCGGCUCUGGUGCCGCCCUCAAUGGAACCGUCUGUCACCAAGAGCAACAUGAGCAUCUCCCCUUUCACGUCAAAGGUCAAAUAUUCGCCCAAAACUAUGGAUUCCUCCCCCAACGUACGCUCCCCAAUGCGUCGUUUUAGCUUUGCACUUAAUUAGCAGAAAUACAUGUGUUACUUAAUAUAGAUUCCAAAUCUGAACAAGUUAUGAUAUAGCAGCGUCCUUUUUACAUCCGUGUACAUGCGAGAAAAUUAUAAUUUAUACCUUAAAGCAGAAGAUACACUAACUCUUAGUUCUUAGACUUAUUUGAACUGUAGACUAUAAUUAAAAUAAAGUAAUUCAGAAUACAGAAAAACAAA